AUGAGUAGGGCCAAAGAAUUACAAGAGAAGCUCAACUUGCAAGCGAAACUCCAGUCUACUUUCAGUAACAAUACUGCUGCAGUUUUGGACUGGCUGAAAGAAUCAGAUGAAACCGGCAUUAGCAAUGAUACAGAGCGUAACAAACAGUUAAAAGAUCACAAGGAGUUGGAGGAUGGUAAGAAGGCAUUUUUCAAGCUUCCCGUUUUGCAGAUUGGAUCGGGCCUACACUUCCGCACACAAGAUGACGCUUCCGCCAAAGAAGAUAUACAUACGAUUGGUGAGUUUAUUGAGGGUGAUAAAAAGGUAAGUUCGUUGGCAAAGAAAAAGAAAAGAAGUGACCCAGGGUUGCAACGAAAUAAUAUGUACAGGAUCACUAAAGAUGAUACGAAAGCCAUGAUUGCGCUUAAAAGAAAAAUGAGGAAAGGCGAGAAGGAAGGACUAAGGAAGAAACAAGAGCAUAGCAAAAGCAGCGUUUCGAACUCAUAUAGUGCCAGUGAUGAAGAGGAUGAAGAUGCAGGGACAAUGCCGCAAAAGUCCACAAAAAAAAAAUUUGGUUUACUUUUUGAUAAAAAAAAGAAGGCACGUAAAUAA